AUGUCUGAAUAUUGCCCAGAUUCAUUCGAAUUUCCUGCCGAACCUGUUCUGUUCGGUCAUGUGCGUUUGAUAUUUGAAACUGAAAAAUUAAUCGACAAUGUUCGCCUACCAUCAUAUGUAUGUUACAAUGAAGAGUUAUGUAAUGACUUUUUGUCGCCUACCAUCUACAUUAAUGGUUCUGCCUGUCGUCAUCUUAGUCAGUUGAAUUUGUCUACAAUACAGAGUAGCAGCAUUUUUGCUAUAUUUGUACGUACUCUCAAGCACACUUUUCGUUCUUGUGCAGUUAUUCCUAGUGGAACGUAUGAUUGUAGUCAUACAAACGCCUAUCAAUGCAAGAAUUCUACAAAAUGCAUUUCAAAAUCUCGUCUAGUCGACGGCAUUAAUGAUUGUCCUCAUCGAGAUGACGAAGAAUACAAGGAAAGUUGUAAAUUGAACGAUCGUGAUCAUCGAUUUCAGUGUCUCGAUGACGAGAACCGAUGCUUUGCACAUUCGAUCGUUAGGGACGGUCGCUACGAAUGUCGCAGAGGAGAAGACGAGGCGAAAGGUACUGUAUUACUAAGGAUGCGUCAUGUCUAUUUUCCAACACUUUGUGAUGGAUAUCCAGAACUGAAUCCUGUCAUAAUCGAUGGACGGAAUGAAACAGAUGAAACGGAAUGCGAACAUUGGCCUUGUAAUAAUACUUACAAUCGAUGUGAUGGUGUUUGGCACUGUUUCAACGGAGCGGAUGAAGUUAAUUGUAAAGAUUCGAUUUGUCCACCUUUUCAACAUAUGUGUAUUUUGCCGAGCAACCCUAACACAUUACAGUGUUUGCCCAUCAAUCAAGCUGGUGAUGGUACUAUCAAUUGUCUCGGAGCGUCCGAUGAGCGUCAAUACUGUCGAAUGAAAUUUCAAGACCAUCGAGAUUUUCGCUUCCAUUGCUGGAACGAUACCAAAUGUACGAGUGAGAUCUCUCUAUGUGACGGGACCAGAGAUUGUAGAUUUGGUGAUGAUGAGCAAUUUUGCACGUCUGGCACAGUAGCACUCGAAGAAGAAUUUUGUGAUGAUCCAAAGACGGAACUUGAAAAGUUUAUAUGUCAUUUUAGCGAUGUUUCCAGAAACGAAAAAAUCGAUUUAAUAUUAAAGAACAUAAAAACUUAUCCGCCAAGUUUGGAAGCCAUCAAUGACAAAGUCGAACGAUUUCCUAUUGAUAUUCGAAAACCAUUGCCUGAAAGCGCCUUAGAUGGUGACAUCGAAAGUGAAUGGACUACACGAUGCAACCGUGGAUUAAAUAUUCAUGUACGCACGGAUAACGAUGGAAAUGAGUUACAAUCGUGUCUCUGUCCCCCAAGUUACUAUGGCGAUACAUGUCAAUACCAAAAUCAACGCGUUAGUGUUACUUUUCAAGCGCGUGUAGGAUCAGAUGGACGUACUAUUUUUAGUAUUUUUAUUCUACUGAUCGAUCAUGAAGGGAAAAUUCAUUCAUAUGAUCAAGUGCAAUAUUUACCUAUUGAAGAUUGUAAAACCAAGUUUCAUGUUAUUCUUCUGUAUGCAACUCGACCAAAAGAUAACUCGAAGAAUUACUCUGUGCGUAUCGAUGUGUUUAAAAGAAUGACGUUAAGUUAUCGAGCAAGUUGGAUUUUUCCAAUUUUAUAUCCAUUUUUGCCUGUGUAUCCACUAGCUAUUCAACUUCUUAUUCCAAUUUUACCUGUUCAACCAACACAGCCCUGUCCAUUGCCUUGCAUUCAUGGUCAAUGUGUAAAAUAUACAAAUACGGACGAUAUGUUCUUCUGUCGGUGCGAUCGUGGCUGGACAGGCAGCGAUUGUUCAAUCCCGCAACAAUGUGAGUGCGCACCAGAUUCACUUUGUAUCGAUCAAUCCAUAUGUUUGUGUCCUGCUGAUAAAUUCGGAACACGAUGCUAUCUCAAAGACAUUUCAUGUGAGGAAAGUACGUGCUUGAAUAAUGGUCAAUGCGUGCCAGACGAUCCACGUUACGGGAUGGCGGAGGGUGAAAAGUAUAAGUACGUCUGUAUUUGCCCCGAAGGAUACGAAGGAAUUCGAUGCGAUUAUCGUACAACUCAAUUGGAUGUAUCGUUUGCAGAUGAUUUUACUAUUCCUGAUUCAUUGUUCGUUCAUUUCAUUCUAGCAAAUGAUCGCUCACCGCAUUUUCGAACAACAACACUGAAAAGAAUUCCACUCCAUCAAACUAAACUUACGGUCUAUGUAUCAGCUGGUUUCAAUGCUGCGUUUGCGCAAUUUGACCACAGAUACUAUUUGAUUGUUCUUCGAGAGUCAUCUGCUUUCACAGAACAUAUUUCAACUGAAAUUACUCGUUCAAAUCAAUGUGUAUCCAUCGAAGAACUGUUCAAUUCCACAAUGGUUAAUCGUCCUCUAUUACGACGUAUAAAACAUUAUCAUCUCCUAUGUGAACAGCGAAAUGAAUUGGUAUGUUUCUACGAUGAAGUUCAUUUUUGUUUAUGUGAUCUCUCUCGGCAUGCUAAUUGUUUCGGAUUCGACUUUAACAUGACACAUGACUGCCAAGGUUUCAACCCAUGUGAAAACAAGGGUCAAUGUUUUCAAGAUCAUCCGACUUGUCCAGUAUCGAUCAUUUGCGUUUGCGACACGUGUUUCUAUGGAUCACGAUGUCAAUUUUCGACGAAAACUUUUCGUCCAUCAUUAGAUGCCAUUCUCGGCUAUCAGAUUCGUCCAAAAAUUCCCUUCAACCAGCAACCUGCUGCCGUGAAGGUCUCCUUAGCUCUUACUAUAAUUAUAUUUGUACUGGGUCUCGCCAAUGGAUUUUUACUACUUGUAACAUUUCGCAAGAAAGAAAUACGUAAUAUCGGGUGUGAUAUCUAUCUGCUCACAUCGUCGAUAGUGUCUGUGAUUAUCAUCAACGCUUUCUCAUUAAAAACUUGUUUUCUUCUUCUAACACAAAUGAAUCUGAUUAUUAAUCAUUCAUUUAUUCUAUUCCAGUGUCGAUCAAUGGAUUUUCUCCUUCGAAUUUUUCUCAGUACCAGUGAUUGGUUACAUGCGUGUGUUGCCACCGAACGAAUAAUGAUUAUCUCGAAAGGUACUACUUUUGACAAGAAAAAGAGUAAAAACAUAGCUAAAUGGAUAAUCAGCUUUGUUUUUCUCGUCGUUAUAUGCACAAAUGUACAAGAACCAUUGCAUCGACAACUUAUGGACGAUGAAGAAGAGCAACGGAUCUGGUGUGUGAUCAAACUUUCACCAUCUGUUCAACUAUUUGAUUCAAUUAUCAUUCUCUUUCACUUUCUCGUGCCUUUUUCUCUUAACAUAGUAUCCGCUCUAGUCAUUAUUGUUGUCACCGCUCGAACUCGAUCGAACAUCAAGAGAAAACAAACGUAUAAAGAACACUUUUACGAACAACUACAAACUCAUAAACAUCUUCUCAUUUCGCCGUCAAUUCUCGUACUUUUAGCAUCACCUCGUCUCAUCAUUUCGUUUUUAUCCGAAUGCAUGAAAUCUGUUCGAGACCCUUGGUUAUUCUUGAGCGGCUAUUUUAUUUCCUUCGUUGCUCCGAUCGUAACGUUUGCCGUUUUCGUCCUACCAUCGCAAACGUACAAGCAACAAUUUUUUCAAUCAGCGAAGUCUUUAUGCUAUCGCUGA